GCGUAUGCGAUUAGGGUUUGAGAUGGAGUUCUCGAUUUUUCUUCUUCUCAGAUUCGGAUUAAGUUUUUCGUUAAGGUUAUUUGAUUUGGAAUGGAUUGGGGAAGUCUAUUUGAUUUCCUCUGUUAGGAGGGACAAUCGUCCGAGUCAUCAGAACGAUCUGAUAAAGAUUCGACAGAUUUUGGAUAUCAAAGAUUCAGAGAUAGUCAAUCGAUUGAAUGAGGCUACGAAUCAUCGAAGAGUUUUUGGGGAUAUCGGGAGGUUUGAAAAGGAAUCAGGGAUAAGGGAGAUUCUAGACAAGGAUUACGACAGGCUGAGUUAUUGGAGAUCUUGGUCUCGGAAGUUUCUUGCCUUUGGAAAAGGUUUUAAUGCUGUCUACUUUCUGUCUGGUGACUAUGGCUCAAUUGGCUUUGAACAAAGUAUCUAUGUCACUGUAAACGGAUUUAAUUCACUUGUGUUUCAAAUGGUGGUGCCGUUUGAAUCAGGUGAUGAGGUUGUGAAAAAAGCGGGGAGUAGGAUGUAUGAAGAACAUGGAGACAGGAGAGGUGGUACAAGGCAGCAGGCUAAGCAGUUACCUCAAGGGCAAGAAGGUGGAUGGGAAAAACCUAGGAAACCUGCUGCAAAAAGAGCCUUGGAUUUUUCUGGAGAAGAAAAUGGCGGAGGAUUCCACUACCAAACGGAGAAGGGAGAAAACAGUAAGCCUCAGAGGCGAUUUGAGAAAAAUCAGACUUCUAUUUGGGGGCAAAAAAAGAAUUUCUCCGGCUCUUGGGCUGUGAGUAAUGCUUUAACAAGGAAUGGAGGGGCCACAGAGGUUUUUAAAGAUGCUCAACCUUCAGCUCAGGGCAUGGUUUAUGGAAGAAAAGGUGCAGGACCUGCUUGGCCUAAACCUUUGUAUCAGCCUAAAUCGUCUUCCAAGGAGGCGCUGAUUACCCAGCAGGUUGGUCAAGAUCCUUUAAAUGUUCUGCAAGGUGAAGAACAGAAUGACAUCGGUUUAGAGGAUAUCCUGGUAUUGGGAGAAGAGGAUCUUAUAGGAGGUAUGCUUUUCUCAGAAAAUACUGAUGACUUAUUAGAGGAUGGAGAAUGUCAAUUUGAUGAGGAGAUUGAUGUUCAUGAGAAGACGGAGGAGACUAUGGAAGUUGAAGGACAAGUGAUCCCUAUGGAGAACAAAAUCGCUCCUAAAGGUAAACCUAAAAUCUCUGAAGUCUUACCUAUUGAUAUUGGUAUUGUAAGUCAGGGAUUGAAAGGCAUAACACUGGCUGUUGCUAAAAACCAGAAAAUUAAGAAACCUAUUAGUUAAGGGAUUAAAGGAACUAGUGGUAGUAAGAAUUAUUCUAUGCUUGUGGCUUCACCGGGUAAACGACUUUUGGCUAAAGCUAUGUCUAAUAAAUUUUCAGAGGCUGG